AUCUACUUUUAAGCCUUCAAAUAUCUGAAACAGUACUCUCUCCCUCUCUCUCUCUCUCUCUCUCUACACCAUGAAAACCCAUCCCCCAAAGCUCAAAACUACCCCACGUCCACUCUUCUCUUGCGGCUUCUUCCGUCACUGCACUCAAACCGUACUUAGUCCAACCACCUCCAGCCCUCCUCCACCCCUUCCUCUACCACAAUCCCACCAACCACCACCACCUCCUCCUCCUCCACCACCUCCUCCUCCGCCUCUAUCUUCCUCCUCCUCUUCUUCCAACACCUCCCAAAGUUUCACCCAGUGGAGGUUUCCUCUCCCAACCUCACCCAUCUCCCACCCCCAUUCUCACCCAUCCCCACCACCUAUAAUACCCCACCACAUUUUCACUGAUCCACAGCCACCACUACUAACCCCCGCUAAUUUCCAAGAACUCUUCCACGCGGCCGAGAUCCAACUCAAUUCAGACUCGGACACUGACCGGGUGAACGCCCUCCACAUGCUGGAGCGCUCACUCGUGCCCAACCCUCCGGCCGCCGCAGACGGAGGCGACGCGGCGGCCUGUCCGGCGGCGGUGAUGAAAAACGUGAUUGGGUAUUUGAAGGACGGCGGGGCGGGGGCGAAGCCGGCCACCAAAGUUCUCCUGGCGCUGUGCAUAGCGGAGGGGAACCGACGGGUGGCGGUGGAGGCGGGGGCGGCGGGGAGAGUGGUGGAGGCGCUGGCGGAAAUGGAAGGGGCGGCGGCGGAGAGGGCGUUGGCGGCAUUGGAGCUGAUGUGCACAGUGGCGGAGGGGGCGGCGGAGGUGAGGGCGCACGCGCUGGCGGUGCCGAUGAUGGUGGAGGUGAUGGGGAAGAUGGAUGGGACGAGGGGGAAGGAGUAUGCGAUGAGUGUUUUGGGGGUGAUAUAUGGAGGUGGGUUUGGAGAGGAGGAGCGGGAGCAGGGGGGGGUGUUGGCGCCGCGGGAGGAGGUGGCGCGUGCGGUGGAGCUGGCGUUGCAAGGGGAAUGCAGCGAUAGAGGGAGGAGGAAAGGGGCCCAGUUACUGAAGAUGCUUCAAGAAAGUGGAGGGUUAGAUUUGACGGAAGAGGGAUGAUGAAGAUGAAGAUGAAGAUGAUGAUAAGGGGCUAGGCUAAGGCUAGGACUCCAGUACUGUUUUACUCCUACUGCUACUAUACUAUACUAUACUAGUUAACAGUUUAACGGAAGAAAGAAAGAAGGAUGGAUAAUGGAUUUCAAUUUCUUCGCGUACUGUUGGAAUAUUCGGUGGGUGAUAUUGGUGCCUGGUCUUCACUCUUCAGGGAUUGUACAAAGUUUAAGAAUUGAAAAUUAGUAAUUAAGUAUAUUAUUAGUAAAAUCAAUCAAAGGGGGGGGUCUCCUACGUACAAAACACGACCAAUCCAAUCUGCUCCUCCGGGGAGACUGGACGGAAUCCUCCCCCAGUUCAAUUGACAUUAGAGAGAAACUAAACUAGGUGAAGUUUUUAUCCUUAAUUUCCUUUCGUUUUUUAGGUUGUUUUAUGGAUCGGUCAUAUAUCUUAAUUUGUAAGUUGUAGCAGGAGUAAUAGUAGUAGUAGUCGUCUUUUUGUGUUCUAUGUUCAUACUAGAGUAGUCUUUACCAAUCAGAAUUUUUAGUUAAAAUUUGAA